CCUAGAAAGACCAAAUCAAUCUCGAAAUCGAUAAUCUCACAAAUCUCUCUCCCUAGUCGCGUUAUAUCGAACCGAAGCUGCGAUUCACCAUGUCGAGCUCUACGGCGGAGAAUGGCUCGGGGCUUACUAAGAAGAUCCUCGACCUCAACACGGCGGAGCCAGAUGACAUCCUCGACGGAGGAGAAGUCAAGGGAUUAUUAUCCGAUUCUACUGAUGUUUCCGGUGAGAAGAAGGACGGAGCGGAAUCUAAGUCUAUCGGAGCUGGUUCUGGUGAUGUAUCAUCACCCGUCGAUGAUGUUCAGAAGAAGAUUCGACGUGCGGAGAGGUUUGGCGUUUCUGUGAAGCUAACCGAAGAGGAGAAACGCAAUUCUCGUGCCGAGAGGUUCGGGACUGUAGCAGCGGUGAAAGGCUCAGAGGGAACGAAGAAAGCUGAGGAAUUGAAGCGAAAGGCUAGAGCUGACAGGUUUGGGGUUCCUGCAUCCACUACUAAAGCUGAUAACACUGAGGAAGAGGCCAAGAAGAAAGCUAGGCUCGCGCGUUUUGGGAAGGAUACUAAAGUUGAUUCGGCUGAGGAAGAUAAACGCAAAGCUAGGGCAUUAAGGUUUUCAAAGCCUGCGUCUGAUUCUUCUUCAGAGAUACCUGGGAAGCUAGACAUUGGCAAGGAGGCAGCAGGAAACGCUGCAUAAGGUUCCUGAAUAAGGUUCCUUCUCUCUUUGUAGUUAGGUAGUGUUCUAGCGUCUUUCUAUUCCCUCUCUGGCUGCUUGAUUCUCUCUUUAUGUUUCUCUAUUAGAAGUCCCCCCGUAGUUAGCGUCUUUAUUAAGGUCGUGGAGCAAAGGUUAUGUGGUCAUGCAAUGGUUCUCUCAGAUGGACGGAAGCUAAGUUGUCACCAGAUGAGAUCAUGAGAAAUCAAUAAAGUAACCUAUAGUUCUGAUUGUCUUAGAAAAGCAAAUGUGUUAGGACCUAGGAGUUCUGAAGUGGCACAUUUUGAUGUUUUCCAUGUUGCAGGUGCUUGAAUUGGUAAGUUAGAAUGAGUAUAGUGCCUUUAUUUCGUUAAACUAUUUGGAAAUGUGGAUGGUCUUUCUAGCACUGCGCAUCAAUAGAGAUUGUUAUAUGAUGUUCUGGAGAAUGUGUUCCUAGGCUUGUUAGAAAUUAGUAAUGUUGAAUCUGUUGAUUGCUUUUGAGUUCUGACAAUGCCUAUUUUGCUUAGCUUAUCCAUCAAAAGUAUAUUGCAAAACGGUUGUUUGGUUUGCUUAUUCAUAUGACUUGUCAAGCCGCUACUUCAGAAUUCCUUUGUCAAUCAUCUAAGACCUAUCAUUAGAACUAUAGAAGUGCUUGUUGGUUUCUAUUUCUCUGGUCUCUAUGGCAGUGGAAGUGAAGGGGCGUUGAAUCUCUGUUCGUGGGACUGGGACUUUGCUGGCUUUCUGAUGCUACACAAUUUCUUAUGCGUCUGUAAUAGAUUUUAGAUAAAACUUUGUUGUUAACUUUGAGUCAAGCGCCAGAAAACUUUUUAUAAAGGGAAUGUAACAUUCAGUUUUUUUCGAAA